AUGGAGCCAAGCGCCCCACCGUCGCCUGUAGCGACGCAUUCGCCUGUUCCACGGCUAGGAGUCGCUCUGACAGAGCGCGGUAGUCUUCAAGGCGAGGCAGCCGGCGCACAAGUUGCUUCAAAUCGUCAAGAGCGUCCGCACAUCGACAUGCUACUUCAUCACGACUCUCAGCGGAGCUCCGAUCACGAAGGAUCUCGUUUUCAAGGGCUCGAAGAGCAUCAUGAGUCGCCAGACGGCGGUCGAACCGGUCGUCACAGCCCGCCACCGACUCUUCCGGUAGACAUCAGUGCCGGCUACUAUCACGUGGAACGUCUAGUGAGACGAGGUCGUCAUCAGGGUCAAAUUCAAUAUCUGGAGAAGUGGCGGGAAUAUCUCAACUCCGAAAAUUCGUGGGAGUUUGAGGCGCCACUUCGGCAAGAUUGCCCAGAUGCCGUGGACGCUUUUGAUCAGAAAUAUCAGGCCCCGCGUCAUCAGACGUCCGGCGCUCCCCGGCAAUAG